GUGUGGAAAGAUGGUCCUGACAUGUGCCUUCCUGGUAGACUUUCUGACCCUGUCUCUGGCCUCCUUCUUCUUAGAGCCCCCAUAGCGAUCGGAGUCGCUGCCAUGUCCACAGCUGAGAUGCUGACUUCAGGCCUGAAGGGAAGGGGCUUCUCUGUACUGCACACUUACCAGGACCACUUGUGGCAAUCUGGGGACAAGUCCUGUCCACCUUCCAUUGCUCCACUGGCACUGGAUCCCACAGAUCUCAGUGAAGACAAGGGGUCUGUCCAGGUGGACCCCACCCUGCAGGAGGAUGUGAGGCGCCUGACCCUGGAGGGAGAGGAGGAGAUUGGGGAGGUUCAUCAGGCGUGUGGGGAGAAGUCCCUCUCAGAAGCCUCAGAAGACACCAGUGCUGGGGCCCCGAACCAAGACUCCACAGACAGCAAAACCCUUCGAGAGCAAAUGGAUGAACUGUUACAGCGAUGCUUCUUGCAUGCUCUGAAGUGCCGAGUCAAAAAGGCUGACCUGCCUUUACUCACCAGCACUUUUCUUGGCAGCCACAUGUUCUCCUGCUGCCCCGAAGGACGACAGCUGGACAUAAAGAAGUCAAGCUACAGAAAGCUCUCUAAGUUCCUGCAGCACAUGCAGCAGGAGCAGGUUAUACAGGUGAAGGAGCUGAGCAAAGGGGUGGAGAGCGUUGUGGCUGUGGACUGGAAACACCCGAGGAUCACAUCUUUCGUCAUACCCGAGCCCUCCCCGAGCUCCCCGACUAUCCAGGAGGGUAGCAGGGGACAGCCCUAUCACCCUCCAGAUAUAAAAUCCCUCUACUGUGUCCCAGCCAGCAUGACCCUGCUCUUCCAGGAGUCUGGCCACAAGAAGGGGAGCAUGCUCGAGGGCAGCGAGGUCCGAAUGAUCAUCAUUAACUACGCCAAGAAAAAUGACCUGGUCGAUGCAGACAACAAGAAUCUUGUGAAAUUAGAUCCCAUCUUAUGUGACUGCAUCUUAGAGAAGAAUGAACAGCACACAGUCAUGAAACUUCCAUGGGACAGUCUCCUGACCAGAUGUUUGGAAAAAUUGCAGCCUGCCUAUCAAGUGACCUUUCCUGGGCAAGAUCCCAUUGUCAAAAAAGGGAAAAUCUGUCCAAUUGACAUCACCCUAGCACAGAGAGCUUCUAAUAAAAAGGUGACCUUGGUCCGGAACUUGGAAGCCUAUGGUCUGGACCCAUGCUCAGUGGCUGCCAUCCUCCAGCAGCGAUGCCAAGCUAGCACCACUGUCACUCCUGUCCCUGGGACCAAGGACAGCCUGCAGGUGCAGAUCCAGGGAAACCAGAUCCACCACCUCGGCUGGCUACUGCUAGAAGAGUAUCGCCUCCCUCGAAAACACAUCCAAGGCCUAGAAAAGGCCCCCAAACCCAGCAAGAAGAAGUGACAGACUCUGUUUCAUCUGCUGGAUCCAGUGGAAAUCCAAGCUCUAGGCUGGUAAUUUAUAUGAGCAUUUUCAGCUUUUGCAAAUAAAAAAUAUAAUUCUUUACCAAAAUAAAUUUUUAUUCUAGUCUAAA